GUUAAAUGUUAGAGAUGAGGCAUGCAUCUAAGAAAGCGACACGCUUCAGGGACGCCUAGCUCUAGUGCACCCAAAACAGCACGUUUUAAGACAAUAACACUUCCACAACUAGUUGAAAGAGCUAAAGAAGCCAGAGACGCGAUAGAAGCGGCGGCGGCUGGAAUGUCCGGCAGCCGCAAUGGAUCGGGGCCUGCGGGCAGCAACCCGCAGCCGAGCCUCUCUGAUCUCAUGGCGGCGAUUCAAAACUUAGAGAACCGGCUGGACAAGCGGCUUGAGAAGAUCGAGACUAGGCAUGAUGAGAUGUGCACUGGUCUGGCCAAGGUGCAGUCGCGAAUGGAUACCCUGGAGGGGAGGCUGGAGGCGGUGGAAGCAAGCAGCACCAAGCAGUACGUGCAGCCCCGCAAGCUGAUCCUGCGUGUGCCGCCACAGCACGUGUCGGAACUGCACACCAUUGUUCCCAGCAUCCUCAAGGAGGUACGCCCGCACGAUGUCAUCGGAGUGCAGCUCAUCACCGUGCCGCCGAAGCUGGGAGCGAGAGGCGCCGCAGCAGAUGCCGCGGCUGCCGCAGCCCCGGCGCAGGGUGGCCGGCAGCAGGCACCCAUGACGCGGGUAGACCUGCUGGUGCACGAGGACGCACGCAAGACGGUCGCGGCGGCACUGGGCAAGCCACUCCGGGAGCGCUACGGCAUCAACGUCCAGGACUGCCUGACCAAGGCCGGGGUGGACGCGAAGACGAGACGCCAGUCCACGUACGCGCGCCUCAAGGCCGAGGGCAAACAGCCCCGCUGGGACUGCGGAGCGGAGAUCAAGAUAGUGGGAGCAGAUGGGAGAUUGGUGCCCUACACCGGGCCCUACGGGGCCCCGGCAGGAGCGGACACCAUGGAGGACACCUAGAGGAGUCCGAGCCAGAGGGCUGGUGCGUUGAAAGUAGUACAAUGGAAUAUUCGCGGGCUUAAGGACUGGAAACUUGAUAACAAUGAGUUACGGGGUAUAGCGGGUAGUUAUGACAUUGUGGUGAUUACGGAAACGCAUUUAGUGGGAGAUACGGUAGUGAAGGAGAUGCUACCGUCGGGUACGCUCCUGUUCACAGUAGAUGGCACGCCCAACAGAGGUGGGGUAGCUGUCUGGGUAAAUCGUAUGUUAGCUAGGGAUGUGCAGCUCCUUGGUGUGUCUAAGGUUCCUAAGGGCAUGGAGAGUAUCUGGUUAAGGGUGAAAGGGCAUGCUCUUAAUAUGGGGGGGCGUAGUUUGCUGAUAGCAGCCUGUUAUGCAGCACCCCAAGGUUCUGUUCAGUACAAUGACCAUGCGGGUAGAAGGCGUACUGACACCGUGGAUCGUGUUUUUGGUCGACUCCGUGCCUUGUUGCGAAGAUAUGUGCGUCCAUGCGAUGAAAUCCUCAUUUUGGGGGACCUCAAUGCGCGAGUAGCCAGCUUGAGUGAUAUACCAGAUCUCCAGGCUGAUGCUGAACUGGAGGCGGCGGCAGGUGUGUCGAUCGGAGGUAAUGGGCUCAUUCAAGGCAUGCCGAGCAGGCGCAGUAAGGACCCAUCCAGCAACCCAUUUGGGCAAGGUUUGGUCGAGCUGUGCCGCGAAACUGAACUGAUUAUCAUGAAUGGUCGUGUGCCCGGUGACAUGGAGGGUGAGUUCACGUUCUACCACGCCCACGGCCUUGCCUGCAGUAUGAUUGAUCUUUUUGUCUGCACGCCUGCUUUGUUCUCGCGGGCGUCGCAUUUGCAAGUGCUUGGCAUCCCCAUUGCUAUAGAGGGGCCUAAAGUGGGAUCGAGGCUCAGCGAUCACUGCCCGGUGUCACUCACUCUGGACGUUGGAUUAGGAGGAACGCGAAGGGGUGGCAACACGGGUUCCUCUCGCCUGGGGAAACGUGAGUGGGAGCGGUACACGCGCCUAUUUGAGGUAGAAGAUGCUGCUGUCGUACAGAAGAUUGACGAGGCUGUUAGCCAACUGGGCCAUGGUCUUAACAGUACGGAGGUUGUUACAGUGAUCUGUCGGGCUCUUAAGAAGGCUAUUGACGCCACGUUUCGUCUUGAGAGGGGGCAAGGGUCCAUUCCUAGUGCAGGCAGGACGGACAAGGAUGCGCCUUGGUGGACACAUGAGUGUGCGGAAGCCCGUGAGGCCAUGUUUGCUCAAAAGGCGCUCAUGCGUGCUAACGGUCUGCUGGGGGAUCAGGAUGCCAGAGCUGAGUUCAGUCGGUUGCGCACGAAGUAUCAACGUCUACGCAGGGAGGCUAAGGACAAGUUCCGGGUCAUGCAUUUUGAAGGAGUUAUCGAAGAAUGUCGGGGGGAUCCACGGGCGCUGUGGGGUCGGCUGAAUGGCAGAUUUAGUCAGGGGUGCCCUAUCACGGAUGUCAACAGUUGGGGAGCCUACUUUAAUGCGCUGUUUAAUGGGGAAGUCAAUGCGUUUAACGAAGUUUCCGCGGACACCAUCCUUAGUACCAUCAACGGUGUGCCACAUGGGAGGGGAAGAGGAUGGGUAAGGGCGACAGGCGAUCGGGUAGCACGAGUCACCGCUGCUGCUGCGCUCAAUGUUCCGUUCACCUUGGCGGAAGUCAUUGCUGCGCUGAAGUCUUUGCGUAAUAACAAGUCUGGGGGUUUGGACAGAGUACCGGCUGAAUGUUUCAAGUGUGCGACGAGAGAGGUUGAGGGUAGAAGGAUGUUUGUUUUAGCCCCUUACCUGCUCAAGCUACUAGAGCAUAUCCGCAGCACGGGGGAUUAUCCUGUGCAGUUUGAGGUCUCUGCGCUCACGCCCAUCCACAAAAAAGGCGAUGUGAUGGAGAAGGGUAACUAUAGGGGUUUAGCAGUGGGUGGUGUUUUGUCUAAGCUUUAUGCGUUUUUGUUGGAGCACAGGCUGUCUCGUUGGGGCGAGCUGGUGGGAGCUAGGUCGCCGUAUCAGGGAGGUUUCCGACGCAAGCGGGGUACCUGCCACAACCUGUUUUUGUUGCGACAUCUGACGGACAAACAUAAGGGGGGGCGAGAUGCAGUUGACCCCCUGUUCGUUUGUCAGAUUGACUUUGAGAAAGCGUUUGACAAGGUGCCACGUGAUCUCUUGUGGUUAAGGUUGGAGGAACGGGGUGUGCAUGGCGCUAUGCUGGAGGCUCUCAAGACUUGUUACAACAAGGUCAUGAUGCGUGUCAGGGUAGACGGAGUGACGGGGGAUCCUUUUGAAUCUUCGCAGGGAGUCAAGCAAGGAUGCCCUCUCAGCCCUACGCUUUACGGGAUUUUUGGCGAGGGGUUUGCUGACUAUGUUGACGCUAAGGAUAAGUGGCUCCCUGAUGCUAUGCGCGCUAAGCAGCAGACUCCCCAUGCGGAUGGCCGGCGUAUCCCGUUGGAACUGUAUGCCGACGACCUCAGCCUUUUCGCUACGACGCACAGACGGCUGAUUGUGUUGCUUGCUGAUUUGAGAGAGUGGUGUGAGGCCUUUGGGAUGCGGGUGAAUGUUCGUAAAUGUGAAUUGAUGGUUUUCCACCCUCGUGCCAAUAUCCGCGAGGCUUUUGCUGCCCUUUGCCCCGUGGUGUGGACUUCUAUUGAGGGAAAUGCGCGAGUACCUAUGGUUAUUCCUUGGGUACAACGAGCCCGUUACCUUGGUUUGCACUUUGGUCCUGGCAC